GCUCGAUACAGGCAACCAUGAGUGAUCGAAAGGCAGUCAUCAAGAAUGCGGACAUGUCCGAAGAGAUGCAGCAAGAUGCUGUGGAGUGUGCUACUCAGGCCUUGGAGAAGUACAACAUCGAGAAGGACAUUGCUGCUCACAUCAAGAAGGAGUUUGACAAGAAAUACAAUCCCACUUGGCACUGCAUCGUGGGAAGAAACUUUGGCAGCUACGUGACUCAUGAGACCAAGCACUUCAUCUACUUCUACCUCGGCCAAGUCGCUAUUCUCCUCUUCAAGUCUGGUUAGAACCACGGACUGUUACUGACACUUGCAUCCGGUUACAGGACUGUGUGCUGACUCCUCUUGACUAGUUACUGCAGCCUUCCUAAGGAUGCAGGCCUUGAUCUUCAAGGGCAAUGGCAGGGAUUAUGCUAUAGCAGAUGUUACAUUGUGGAUAUAAAAAGGAAAAAUACCAAAAAA